GCGCGUUUCGUAUAUAGACUUGCGUGUCUCCUUUGGCUUGCCAUAGUGUUGUCGUUGAAAAGUGUCAUGGUGGCGUUUAGCACCAAGAAUGCGAAUUUUACCAACACAAACCUGUCUGAAUCGCUUAAUUUUGACGGUGUGAUCCGUUUUGUCCCUUUCCAGCCACCGCGCGCGUCAAACAGUUUUAGCGAGCGUUUAAAAACGCCGUACCGCGUGAAUGUGUCGCUGCUGUAAGCGGAUCUGCGCUGAUUCUCUCGGUCAUCAUGAGUGACAUACAGCGCGACGAUGAGCUCCGGCCGGUCCCCAAAGAGCGAGCCGUGCUCGAGAGUUUCUUCACUCAGCUCGGGAUGUUCUGGUUCGACCGCGCCAAGGAUUAUGUGGAGAAGGAGAAGGACGCCAGUAAGAGCGCGGGGGCCACAUGGGCGUCUCUCCUGGCCGCGCUCGCUCACCUGGCCGCCGCAGAGAAAGCCUACCACAACAUGACCUUCCUCGGGCAGAAACUAGGUGGUCAGUCAUUUUUCAGCCGCAAGGAUUCCAUCAGGACCAUCUAUACCUCCCUGAACAAUGAACUGAAGAAGGUGGUGUCCAUGGGCCGCCACACAUCCGCAGGCUCCACUCCCAACCUGGAGGACCUCCUGCCCCAUUUGUCCGAGCAGCUGUGCCACUUCACACAGGCCAGGAUGGAGAUCGCAGACUUCUACGAGAAGAUGCAUUCCCUGGGCAGCCAGAAGACCGUGAACUCUGAGGAGCUCGUGAGCACGCUGGAGAGCAUUCUGCAGAAGUACAGUUCCAGAUUCCACCAUCCAAUCCUGAGCCGUCUGGAGAGCAGCUUCCAGGUGGAGGUGGACGUGUUGACGCAGCUGCUGCGAUGCCAAGCGCAGAUCUCCGAGUGGCGCUUCCUGCCGUCUCUGCUCAACCUGCACGGCGCCCAUUCCAAACUCCAGGCGUGGGGUCAGGUGUUCGAACGGCAGCGGGAAACCAGAAAACACCUCUUCGGAGGCCAGUCCCAGAAGGCCGUGCAGCCUCCGCACCUCUACAUGUGGCUCCAGCGCCUUCAAGCGACGCUCCUAGCCAAAUUCAGCUUCUACUUCCACGAGGCUCUGAGCCGGCAAACGUCGCAGUCCGAGAUGAAAACCCUGACGGCUCGGACCUCCCUAGAUUACUUCGGCAAGAUCUCAGCCUUCAUUCGCAAACACGACGCUUCCAACGUCUCCUUGGUCUUUGACAACCGCGGCUCCGAGAGCUUCCAGGGUCACGGAUACCACCAUCCGCACUCCUACCGGGAAGCUCCCAAAGGCGUGGAGCAGUUUCCGGCCGUCGUGUCGCUCCCCGGCGGAGAACGGCCCGUUACGCAUUGGCCCAAUGUCAUCAUGAUCAUGAGCGACCGCUCGACGGAACUCAACGCUCUGGAUAAGGUGGUCCACUUUUAUGACGAUAAAGUCCAGAGCACCUACUUCCUCACGCGGCCUGAACCGCACUUCACUGUAGUGGUGAUCUUCGACGGCAGGAAGUCGGAGAGGGACUCCAACAUCGUGGCAUUCCUCCAGGAGCUGACGGGAUCGCUGAGGAACACCAAACCCUUCACCACACUCAAACCGGGCUCCAAGGGAUGAACCGCUGCUUAUUUAUCAGUACAGGCUAUUUUCACUCGAAAUAUAGUUUAUUUUAAUAGGAUAUCGGUUUCUGUUGCUCUUUUAUUCACUGCGCUGCUGAAACCCUCGUUGAAUGUAAUCCGUUUUAUCCUGUUCCCUUUGAAUGACUAUUAAAGAGGUCCAAAAGCUUCUUAAUUCAAACACUUUCAGACCAAAGACGAAUACUACAACUGUGGCUCUUUUUUUUUUUUUUUUUUUUUUUUUUACUUUCAGCUCGUGUUCCUGCUUAGCUAUUGGAUUUGCUUUACCGAAUGCGAAAGGGACCCACUGCAAAGACUUUUAUUGUUCAUUUGCCGUGUAACACAUUUUAAUGGCCAUUGGUUUUAACGUUUAGAAUAAUUUUUUUUGACCAUUGUGUACGUUGUCACUUGUGAAAUAAAGCUUGGAAUUGUG